UUUUAUUUCGCUUUUAUUUUUUUUUAUCACAUUUUAUUGUUCUUUAUAUAAGAUAAUGGCAGAUACGACACUAGAAGCAGAUGUUGAUUCCAUCAUUUCACGCCUUUUGGAAGUAAGAGGCAGUCGUCCCGGAAAACAAGUUCAACUUGCAGAAAAUGAAAUUAAAUUCUUAUGCCAAAAAGCACGCGAGAUAUUUAUGAAUCAACCCAUUUUGUUGGAUUUGGAAGCACCUAUUAAAGUUUGUGGUGACAUUCAUGGUCAAUAUUAUGAUCUUUUGAGAUUAUUUGAAUAUGGUGGUUUCCCUCCUGAAGCCAAUUAUCUUUUUAUGGGUGACUAUGUAGAUAGAGGAAAGCAAUCUCUCGAAACAAUUUGCCUACUAUUGGCUUAUAAAAUUAAAUACCCUGAAAACUUUUUUAUUCUUCGUGGUAAUCAUGAAUGUGCAAGUAUUAAUCGUAUAUAUGGUUUUUAUGACGAAUGUAAAAGACGAUAUAAUAUAAAACUUUGGAAGAUUUUUACAGAUUGCUUUAAUUGUUUACCCAUUGCUGCUAUUAUCGAUGAGAAGAUCAUGUGUAUGCAUGGCGGUCUUUCACCUGAUUUACAAAACAUGGAGCAAAUUCGUAGAGUUAUGCGUCCAACUGAUGUGCCUGACACAGGUUUAUUAUGUGAUUUGUUAUGGUCUGAUCCUGAUAAGGACAUUACUGGUUGGAGUGAAAAUGAUCGUGGUGUUUCAUUCACAUUUGGAGCAGAUGUUGUAUCUCGAUUUUUACAAAAACAUGAUUUGGAUCUUAUCUGUCGUGCUCAUCAAGUGGUUGAAGAUGGGUAUGAAUUUUUCGCAAAAAGACAAUUGGUUACAUUGUUUUCUGCGCCUAAUUAUUGUGGAGAAUUUGAUAAUGCAGGCGCAAUGAUGAGUGUUGAUGAAUCUUUAAUGUGUUCAUUCCAGAUUCUAAAACCUGCCGAGAAGAGGGCAAAGUAUGGUUACAGCCCCGGUAAAGUAAAACCCAAAAACAAAGCAUGAAUAUAAAGAGAAAAAUAAAAUUAGUGUGUGUAAUAGCUUCGUUUCUUUUUUUUUUUUCCUUUUUAUUUUUUUUUUUU